UCCUUUCUCCUUAUCUUUACCAUACACUCACCCUCUGCAUCUCCUAUUCAUCUAUUGGACCUCACACCCCAUCUUUCUCAUAAUUUCUCUUUUUAACUAUUUCAUUUAUUUUUAAUUUUCUUUACAUAAACCCAAUAAAUCCCCAUGUUUUCUUGAUUCAUAUCUUUACAAUUUACCACUACACCAAAUCCAAGAAUCAAACACAUUCGAAAGAAAAUGAAGAGAGAACAUCAAGAAAUGAAUAAAGCAGGCGGAGGCGGAGGAGGCGGCGGCGGCGGCGUAGCAGGAGGAGGAGGAAUUGGAGUUGGAGAUUCUUCUUCUUCUUCUUCAGCUUCUUCUUUAGCUUCAACAAUGGCGAAAGAAAAACUAUGGCAAGAAGAACAAGAUGCCGGAGGCAUGGAUGAAUUACUAGCGGUUUUAGGUUACAAAGUACGGUCAUCUGACAUGGCGGACGUUGCUGAGAAGCUUGAACAGCUUGAAAUGGUGAUGGGUAUUGCUCAAGAAGACGGAAUUUCUCAUCUUUCCGAUACUGUGCAUUAUAACCCGUCAGAUCUUUCCGGUUGGGUUCAAAGCAUGCUGUCUGAAAUCAAUGGUCCACUAAUUUUUCCACCUCACGAGUCCUUCGGUAAUUCUUCAUCUCCAAUUUUUACUGACGACUCUGAGUACGAUCUCAGAGCCAUCCCUGGUGUCGCCGCUUACCCAUCGCCGCAGCCAGAUUCAUCGGAAAUCGAAAACAAGCGAAAACGAAUCAAAACUGACUCCCUUAACUCUACGCCGCCGCCUGCGUUUUCGUGUCCGUCUCCAUCACCAUCACCAUCGUCAACAAUCACAACUCUAUCGGAGCCAGCGCGACCGAUGGUGCUACUCGACUCACAGGAGACCGGAGUCCGGCUUGUCCACACGCUAUUAGCGUGUGCAGAAGCAGUUCAGCAAGAUAAUCUGAAAGUCGCGGAGGCACUCGUGAAACACAUAGGUUUACUCGCGGCAUCUCAGGCUAGCGCCAUGAGAAAGGUGGCGACCUACUUCGCCGAAGCUUUAGCUCGCCGGAUUUAUAAAAUCUACCCGCAAGAAUGUCUGGAUCCUUCCUAUUCAGACACUCUAGAGAUGCAUUUUUACGAGACUUGCCCUUAUCUGAAAUUCGCGCAUUUCACGGCGAAUCAAGCGAUUCUUGAAGCUUUCGGUACGGCGAAUAGGGUUCACGUUAUUGAUUUUGGUUUAAAGCAAGGUAUGCAAUGGCCGGCAUUAAUGCAAGCUUUAGCUUUACGUCCUGGUGGACCACCGGCUUUUCGUUUGACCGGAAUUGGUCCGCCGCAGGCUGAUAAUACGGAUACUUUGCAGCAGGUGGGUUGGAAGUUAGCUCAGUUGGCUGAAACAAUUGGCGUGGAAUUUGAAUUUCGCGGAUUCGUUGCUAAUAGUUUAGCUGAUCUUCAACCGGAAAUGCUUGACCUCCGCCCGCCGGAGGUGGAGACGGUGGCGGUGAACUCAGUGUUCGAGAUGCACCGUCUUUUAGCGCGUUCUGGUGGGAUUGAUAAGGUUCUUGAUUCUAUCAAAGCUAUGAAACCUAAAAUCGUCACUAUUGUUGAGCAAGAAGCGAACCAUAACGGUCCAGUUUUUCUAGACCGGUUCACUGAGGCAUUACACUAUUAUUCGAGUUUGUUUGACUCGUUAGAAGGGUCUGGGUUGAACGUUCCGAGUCAAGAUUUGGUCAUGUCUGAGUUGUAUUUAGGGAGGCAAAUAUGUAAUGUUGUGGCAUGUGAAGGGGCUGACCGAGUUGAGCGACAUGAGUCGUUGACUCAAUGGCGGAAUCGAGUUGAAUCGGCUGGGUUUGAUCGAGUUCAUCUCGGUUCAAAUGCCUUCAAACAAGCUAGUAUGCUGCUAGCUUUGUUUGCCGGCGGUGAUGGGUAUAGAGUAGAAGAAAACGAUGGAUGUUUAAUGCUUGGUUGGCAUACCAGGCCACUGAUUACCACAUCAGCUUGGCAACUCAGUGAUUCGAGAGUCGACUCAACUCAGUAGCUGAGUUUAUGUGAACGAGUCGAUGAAUCUCAAAAGUUGCCCUUAGUGAAAGGGAAAUGAGCGAGACUUGAGACGAGAGGGUAAAAAUGUAAAAGGCCAGUUCAAAUGUGUAACUCUAGGCUUUUUUUUACACCUCUUUUUUUUUUACUUUUACAGUUUUUUUUUUUUUUUAACUUUGUUGUUGUUUUAUUUAGAUUUUUGGGUUUUGUUUUUGUUUUUUAAUCAGUUGAAUGAAGAUGUGUGAAUAUGUUAACUUUUUGGUAAUAAAAUUUGGAGUCUUUUAUGUUAGAAGAAAAAAUAAAAUUUGGAACAUAUUCUGAAUGUGAGUGCCUUAUCAUUUUCUUCUGUA